UACUUUGAAGGGUUGAACCGGAUGUACUAACUGUGCGCUGAGUAUUCUGUCAAGCUUGCUAGCAAACAUCACAGGAUUAGCUUUGUAUUGUCAUGUCGAUACCAGGAUUUAUGUUGUAUUCGCUUGUAUUCUGCGUGGAAGGAAAGUAAAUCUAGGUGGGGAGCGAAAGUGUGAGAUGAAAUGUCAACGUCAACAUUGCAGCACACACAUUCACACACUGAUGGAGGGAGCUGCCAAGCAAGGCGCUAACCAGCACCCAUCAGGAUCAACGGUGAAGUGUCUUGCUCAAGGACACAACGGACGAGACAAGAAAGCGAUCGACCUUGUGACCAAAGCCACAGAAGAAGACAAGGCUAAGAACUACGAAGAGGCGUUGCGACUUUACCAACAUGCCGUGGAAUAUUUUCUACACGCCAUUAAAUAUGAAGCCCACAGCGACAAAGCGAAGGAAAGCAUUCGAGCAAAGUGCAUGCAGUAUUUGGACCGAGCGGAGAAACUGAAAGACUACCUGAAGAACAAGGACAAGCAAAGCAAGAAACCUGUGAAGGAGUCACAGAGCAAUGACAAGAGUGACAGUGAUAGUGAGGGUGAAAAUCCAGAGAAGAAGAAGCUACAAGAGCAACUUAUGGGUGCAAUUGUGAUGGAGAAGCCCAAUGUGAGAUGGAAUGAUGUGGCUGGACUAGAAGGAGCCAAAGAAGCUCUGAAGGAAGCUGUCAUCCUUCCCAUCAAGUUUCCUCACCUCUUCACAGGUAAGCGGACGCCAUGGAGGGGAAUUUUGCUGUUUGGACCACCAGGGACGGGGAAGUCGUACCUGGCAAAGGCUGUGGCAACUGAGGCCAACAACUCCACUUUCUUCUCCGUCUCGUCCUCAGAUCUCAUGUCCAAGUGGCUGGGCGAGAGUGAAAAACUUGUAAAGAAUCUGUUUGACCUGGCCCGCCAGCAAAAACCUUCCAUCAUUUUCAUCGAUGAGGUGGACUCACUAUGCGGUUCCAGGAACGAGAAUGAGAGCGAAGCAGCUCGCAGAAUCAAGACAGAAUUUCUGGUCCAAAUGCAAGGAGUGGGAAACAACAACGAUGGUAUUUUGGUACUGGGGGCCACCAACAUUCCCUGGGUGCUUGAUGCUGCUAUUCGGAGAAGAUUUGAGAAGCGUAUUUACAUCCCGCUACCAGAAGAGCCGGCCCGCGCACAGAUGUUCCGAUUGCAUCUGGGCAACACACCUCAUAGCCUGAGCGAGGCGGACCUGCGGCAGCUUGCCCACAAGACAGACGGCUACUCUGGUGCUGACAUCAGCGUCAUCGUACGGGACGCCCUCAUGCAGCCUGUUAGGAAGGUCCAGUCCGCGACACACUUUAAAAAGGUACGUGGGCCAUCACGUAGCAACAACCAGGUAAUGGUGGACGACCUAUUGACACCGUGUUCCCCUGGUGACCCCACUGCCAUAGAAAUGACUUGGAUGGACGUACCGAGUGAUAGGCUGCUGGAGCCAAUAGUCUGCAUGUCCGACAUGCUGCGUUCUCUGUCCACCACGCGGCCAACAGUCAACACUGAAGACCUGCUGAAGGUGAAGAAGUUCACUGAUGACUUUGGGAUGGAAGGCUGAGUGUGACGGGUCACAGUCGGUACCGUUGUCCCCUUUUGCCCCAUCUAAAGAUAGAUGAAUGGAAAAAGGCGAGAUUUUCUUUUAUUUAAUCCUCCAGUCUGCUACGUUUGCAUCUUGGAGAGCUGACUAAAUCCUAGCAUAGAAAAAACUCUGACGCUCCAUCGCAGCAGAAAGUCACUUGAUGACGAGCAGGUUGUUCUAUUUUAUCUCGGCUAUAGGAUGACGUGUUGAAGGAGGAAGAAUCAGGUGACCAAAUGUUUUUAUUUAACACCUGUGUGUUUACGUCACGUUGAGCAGUCAUUGCUGCCAUGUGUUGCUUGAGGUCAGCCAUUCUGCACAUUUUAAUAUUGUCCAAUAACAAGUAAAUACUUUGGACUUCAAAUGAAGAAUUUUGUCUUUCAUUUGUUAAUGGUGAUAGUAAUCAAAAUAAAACACUGGACAAAAACUACAGUGGUA